AUGUCGGUCACACAAACUAUCCAAAUCCUUAGCAUCUCGACUGCCCUCCUAGCCUCCGGUGGCAUAGCAACACUCACCCUAUUUGAUAUACCGCUUCUCAAGUCCCAACCUGCAUCCCGCUCUCUACCUAUGACGCGCUGGCUCUUCAGCCGUGGCUCGCAUAUCUUCCCUACAGCCGCACUCCUCUCCUCAUCGGGCUUCGCCUACCUUGCGUACUCUUCUCUACCGUCAGGAACCCGCACUCUAUUGACACUUCUCCAAAACGCCAACAAAGGCCAGCCAGGACUAUAUCUUGCGGCAGCAGCACUAACGCUUUCCAUCGGCCCAUUCACAUCCCUCAUGGUUCCAACGAACUUCUCUCUCAUUAAGAUGAAUGAAGAAAAAGGCGGAUCGAGGAGCGCUGCAUCCGCGCAGUACAGGAGUUCCGCUGGAUCGAAGACAAGAAGCGCGGAAGAAUCGACUGAUAGCAAGGACGACGUUAGUCAGUGGACGGAUCUGAGCGUGCCGCAGGAGAAAACGGAGAAGAAGAGUACGAAGGAAGAGGACGAGGAAGCAAAGAUAUUGUUAGAUAGGUUUGGGAAAUUGAAUGGUGUUCGAGCUGUGUUGAUGGGGCUUGGAGGUGUGGUAGGGCUGCUUGGGGCGCUGGCAUAG